AUGGCGAACAUCAAGGUGGCGGUCAGGGUGAGACCGAUCUCCGAGCGGGAGCAGUGUCAAACGGGCGCCGAGGUGGUGGUGCGGGCGGACAAGGCGGCCAUUUCGUUGACGAACCUGAAGGUCCCCAUAAGCAAAGCCGGAGAUAGUCGAGAGAGGACCAAGAGGUACGGUUUCGACUUUUGCUUCGACUCGUCCAAUCCUGAAUCCGAGGACUAUGCCAGCCAGGAGACGGUGUACAGAAGCAUCGGGUUGUCGGUCCUGGAGUCGCUCUUCAAGGGGUACAAUUGCUGCCUCGUCGUGUACGGACAGAGCGCUUCCGGGAAGACCUACACCAUGAUGGGACCCAAGGACGACUCAGGGCUCACUCCGCGACUCUGCGAGGGCCUCUUCUUGAAGAUGUCAGAGGGGAGAGAGAAAAAGGACGCGACGUACCGCAUCGCGAUUAGCUACCUCGAGGUGUACAACGAGAGGGUACGAGACUUGCUGAGGACUCCUCAGGGUGCGAGCAGUAGCAGUGGACUCAGAGUGCGCGAGCAUCCUAAACUAGGACCAUAUGUUCAAGGAUUGACUCAGCACGUGGUCGAUGAUCUGAGCUCGUUGAUGUCCUACGUUGAGGAGGGCACCAGGGCCAGGAAGACAGCCGCCACCCAGCAGAACCCCACCAGCAGUCGCAGCCAUUCGUUGAUCACCAUCUCCCUCUGGCCUGUUUCGAAGGAUCAGCAGAUGCAGGGGGUGGCUCCUGUCCUGGAGAGAUCAGGACAGCAACCCCGGUGCAGGAAGUUGCACCUGGUCGAUCUGGCGGGCAGCGAGAGUGCCGCCACGUGCACUGGGAUUCAUCGGCUGAAGGAAGGCGCUAAUAUUAACAAAAGCCUGGUAGCCUUGGGAAACGUAAUUUCCGCCCUUGCGGAGAGAGGCGCCACCGGAAGUGGUCCCGGAAGAAGAUUCAUCCCGUACAGGGACUCGGCCCUGACGUGGUUGCUGAAGGACGCCCUCGGUGGAAACGCGGCCACAAUCGUGCUCGCUACGAUCUCUCCAGCCAGUGGAAGUUACAACGAAACUGCACAUACUCUGCGGUUUGCUCAGAGAGCACAAAGCGUUGUCAACAGACCGGUGAUUAACGAGGAUCCUGUCGCAAGGAUCAUCCGCGAGUUGAGGGCAGAAGUGGCCCGUCUGAAGAGUCUGCUGUCGGAAAAGAAUUUGGAUAGCGAUUCAGGGAAGAGAGAGCCGUGCCGCUGCAUGAGGACCCUGAGGAACGUUGAAGAUCAGGACCAGGAGGACGCGCAGGACACGCAGGAUAAGAAUAGCAGCGAGACAGGACAAUUCUACUCGAUCAGGAAGUGCAGUUCCAGCGAGAGCUUGGACAGAAGCAUCGAGUCCAGGAACUCGAUCAGGAGAUGUGGAUCCUUAGAACUCGUUAAUUCGAGGGGAGUCCUGGACCUGCCAAGAUACGGCCGGGCCAGGAUCUCGGAAUUGUGCUACGAAGAGGAGGUCAAGGGGCCGGUCUUCGUGGACAUCCCGACGCUGGUGGCGGUGUUGAUAAAGCCAGACGACGACCCUGGAGAAGGCAGGGUACAGAUCGAGGAGAUCUGCAGCGACGAGGUCCCCGAAGGAUCCAUUGACGCAGAUUUUCUGGAGAGUCCGGAGCCAGCCGAGGUCCCAGCUUCGUCCUCUUCAUCGAUUUCGAGGGACGAAGAGACGUUGCUUCAGGAGAAGGUGGAUCUCGAAGAGGAUAAGGAGCUGGAAGAGAGGAAGUACCUGGAAGAUCCCGAGACCCACCUCGAAGGAUCAAUCUCAGGGGUUGGCGGAGUCCUUGAAGACAGAGCCGAGCUCGAGCCCGCGUCUUCUAGGGUAAGGCCAGCCUUCAGGAAGCCUCGCCUCAGCAAGCAGGACUCCGUGGACUGUGUCAGUUCCUCUCGCAAGGAAACCAACUUGCACGCCUCGAAGAAGUACGGAUCCGUGGAGGCUUUGCAGAAAAAGAGGGAGCCCAUCAGCCCGGUUCGCAAGGCGCAGCCUGUGGUGGACAAGCAGCCUCGUUCUCCAGUUGCGGAGAAGACGAAGAGGCUGAACAACAUCAGGGAGAUCGAGGACCCCAGGUCUACAAGGACGAGCUUGUGGCGUGCCCUGAGCAGCAACAAGGAGCUAAAAAGGAAGGGCAGCAACGACUCCGACAAGAGUCUCAGAGAGAACGGGGUGUUUUCGUCAUCGAAGCCGAAGACCUUAGCUAGGAAGCAGAGCGUGGAGGAGAUCAAGAGGAAGACCAGCAAGGACAGCAGCUCCAGCAGCUCCAGAGAGGACCCGGUAUUGAACUCCAUUUCUUCAUCCAGGGAGAAGCUCCUGCAAAGGAAAGGAUCCCUGGACCAGGAGAGUCCUUCCCCCCGGGCGCACACUCCCAUCCAACGUCUGAACCGCCGCGAAAUCGUCGCGGCUGUGACGGAACGGCUCUACACGACCAAGAAGAGUUCUGACGAGACCCCCAGCAGCACCACGGCGAACCCUCAGGCAUCCUCAGAAAUCCGCUCACCGGAGAGCUCUGACGUGAAGCUGGCCGCGGCUACCAGGAUGCGUCUUCAGGAGAUCUCGAGGAAGAUGCUGGCCCGCCGUAGAAAGAUCUGCGUGGAUACUCAAACGGACAAUCGCAGGACGCUCAGGGUCAAAGACACGGCUUCAUUGACGGACAGUCCGUCCAUUCUGCGACGAGAAAUCGGAGUCCUGACGGACAGCCAUGAAGACUGUGGUGGAUUGUCAGGAAACGCGAGUCCCGUCCUUAGGGUGAAGGAAAUGGCCACGUUGACGGAGAGGAGGAGAUCGGCAGUUCGUUAUAAGGACGUGGCUAGCAUCACCGAUGAGCGGAAUGGUGUCCUGGACCAGGAGGAAGAGGACUACGAAAGACGGUCCCACUCUCCUAGGAAUGACUCCGGGAUCCUUUCCGACGACACCCAGAACUAUGCGGAGAGUAAUUUGUCCAGUGUGGAAAUUGUGGAUUCAUUUACGGAAGCUAGGACUGAUAGGAGAAGUGUGGAGUUUGCCGAGAGCUCAACUAACACUGGGAUCCCUGGAGGGAGGGUCUUCAGGGACAAGGGGGUUAGAGACGAGGAGGGCAAGUGUGAUCACAUUUGCAGUGGGCGUUGCUGCAACAGGGUGCAUCAUGAGUGCUGUCGAUUUAAGGAUGUGCACUCUGUGGGUGUCGAUAAGAGCGUCAUCUCGAUCUCGUUGCCCGACACCAUCAGUAUCACCAUCGAGUCGCCCACUCUCCUGGAGUCCAGGAUUGCGGUGAUGGAGAAUCAUGAUGUGGGGGUUGACAGGUCAAGGGGGUUCAAGGAUGCGGAAGUUCAGACAGAGGAGAGUAGGAAGGACCCUGUGGAUAGGGAGAUUCUGACGGAGCAAGGAGUUGGGAUCUUCUUCAAGGACUUCGCGAAUGGGUCCAAGCAGACUGAUGGAAAGCCCUUCAGGAUCGAGAAUAUUUUCCAGGAUCCCAGGGGUGGUCGUUCCAAGUCUGCAAGGUCCGAUGUCACGACUGGGCUGAAAAGCGAGGAGAAAUCUAUCAUUUUCACCAGGUCUGUCGGGGUUUCCUUCGUCCCGGAGACGAAGGACAGCAGCACCGACAUGGAGAAUCCCGAAGAAGGUAGACUUCACUUUGCAUGCACCGGAAGUGAGGAGAAAAUAUCCGACACUGUCAGAUCAGAUGACAGGAACCGAGGCUGGAGUUUGAGUCCAAGUAAAAGAAUGCACUCUCCUCUGGACUCACUUCCGGUUCCUAGGGAUCCUAGCAAAUUGAAGAGCACGAUCAAACCCAUGUCUUUGAUAGAAGCGAAGAUCGAUGAUGGAUUGGGCGAGCGCAUGAUCACCUGGACUGACCCCCAGGUGUUUUUGAAGACACCCCUGAAGGAGAACCUUGUAGUCGUUGAAGUCGAUGGCAAAGCAACUCCACUCGAAACAGACAUGGUUGAAGUUUUUGCAAGGGAGCAUUCCUUCCAGAACUCGUCGGAGACGUCGAAGACAGCCUGUCAUUUCACCAAGAUGGACUCCUCCGAUCAGGACCAGAACUUCUCUGACGAUAGUUUAGAUUUAAACGAGAUAAAUCUGCAGUUUGACCACACGGUCGCGAAAGUGGUAACUGAAGAGGCUUCCGAAGAGACUCCCUGCCCCCCUGACGUGGUGGCUCAGACAAAAAAGUCAUCAAAUGCUGCCGAAGAAGCCGAAGUGUCGAUUCUUCGGGACUUUGACGACAACCAGGUUGACUUUCCGCGAAUAAAACCGACGUUAAACGAUACCCGGGUGCACGACUACGAGUCGCUCAUCCUGGGAGCUUGCAGAGCGUUGUCAGUCGACGCUGAAGACGACGAUUACAAGAGAAGAAAAUCAGAGCCAACGGAGUCCAACGCAUCAGGAACCAAGAAGAAGGUCUCGUUCUCCAACUGCUACAUAUUCGAGGAAGGCCAGAACUGCUCCGAAAGUCCCAAAGCUACGACUCCAAAGUCCAUAAUCAAGAAUGCGAACCGCAAGUCGGUUGAGGUGCCUAAAGGUCUUGAAGAGAAGGCUGAAGAGUCAAUUUCUGGGUCGAUGGAAGGUUCGGAGGAACUGGAAGCCGAGGAGAAAUCUAAAAGGGGAGAUAGGAUAUCCAAGGGAGAAAUAGACAAUUUGGGUGAAGACAGGGAAGACGUCGAACACGAUGCCGAAGAUGAUGACGAAGAUCUCCCAGGAGCUUCCAAUGUCCUCGCCGAGUACCUUGAUCAGGCGAUCGCCUUCAUGCGCAACAUGAACUCUAUAAACGAGUACAUGAGUGCCUCGAAGAUGCUGGAGACUUGUCGGAUGGACCACCAACACUGCAACUCGGAUGAGUGUGACCUCGACUACAUCGUGUGCCAAGGCCAGCGAAUCAGCCUGAACGAUGACAUCGACAUCUCGGAAGACGACGAAGACGCCCUCGUCAUCUCGACAGAGUCCUACGAAAAUUGUCUGAAGAGCAUCAAGAGGCUGGAGAGCUGCAUCGGCAACAUCGAGCGACACAACCGUCAUCUGCAAGAAAAAUAUGGCGUCGAAGUCGGGUCUGCUGGCGCUAAAUUAGGGUUAGCGGGUACCAGUCCAGAUCGGAGGAAGCUAGAGAACAACGCGUCGAUGUUCCAUCGUCCUCCCACACCCAGAAAGUCGCCGAACAGUCCCAGGACCAGAAGAAGCACCGUUCAUCCCAGGAUCAGGUGCAGCGAGGAGGUCGCAACCACCGACUCGAACAAGGACGAAGACCGCAGGCGGGACCAGAGCAUGGAGGACCUUGAAGAGCGGAUCUACCAGUACCUGAUCAGCGCCAGUGAUCCUUGUAAGAGGGUCUCCAGAAGGAAAUCAAGGCGUGGGAUGAAGAUGUCGGACUUCAGGGUCAGGAAUCCUGGAUGCUACUCGAAAAUUCGCCGCAGACUCGAAGAUCGACCCGAAAACUCGACUUGCAGCGACCUAGGCGAGUCCUCCCAGAGCGUGGAUGAUCCUUUCGGGGAGGAUCGAUCUGCGGGGACUUGUGCGGACGAUUCUAUGGGGUCCGUUGGGGUGCGAUGUCGGAAGUUCCCUGGUAGUGAAGUUUUGGAAAAUGAGUUGGAAGGACUCAGGACUCCGAGUUGUUCCCUGCGACUGUCGAUGCCCGUGGCUGGGGUGGUCAAAGGACUUCCGUGUCAGACUUGGAAGAGCUGGAAGAACUGGAAGAGCUGUCCCCGGGAAUGCUUGUGCAGGACAGAGUCCAUCUACGACAGCUCCAGCUCGAGCGAAGCUGUCGCCGCCAGCGUGGAGUCUCUGGAUGGGAUUUCUGGUGUCAGGGACAAGCCGAGAUAUCCUGGAAGCCCCAAGGCGAGGUUUCUGCAGCUGCUCAAGGAGAGGAGGAGGAUAGUCGAGAGCAGCAGGAGCACAGGAGCAUCCUGAAGUCACGCUUAGAAAGCGAUGCCUCUUCCCUACGUCUUCGUCGAGUGACGACCCCCUCGUACUUUUGUAAAUAAAAAAGGACCCUAAACCUGUAAAUAUCGCGGCUGAACCGGACCU